UCACAUGACGUAGCCACAUAAACAAGACUUGUGUGACCGUGGAGAUCGGACUAAAUAAGCUGUUGGCUGGGAGAUAAGAUCAAGAAUGGGCUGUAACGUGUCAAAGACAGCUGGACCAAACCAAGUAGGGGACAUAGACUCUGAGAGACGAGAGGGCGCUCGAAGUGGCUCCUCUGUAAGCCUCACAAACUGGUCUCCUGAUGCUGAGAAAGCUUCCUCUAGUAGCAGUGCUAGUGUAGCUGACAGUAUCACCUUAAUUCACUUCAAUGAUGUCUACAAUAUUGAAGAGAGAUCUAAUGGGAAGGAGCCUAUUGGUGGUGCUGCGAGGUUCAAGUCACAGAUAGACAGUCUGAGACACUUGGAACCUUUGAUACUGUUUAGUGGAGAUGCUUUGAAUCCUUCAAAUAUCAGUAUCGUCACCGAAGGCCGUCAAAUGGUACCGAUCCUCAAGGCUAUUGGAGUACACGCUGCUGUGUAUGGAAAUCAUGAUUUCGAUUUUGGUGUGGAACACUUGGCAACGCUGGCUAAAGAGAUGGAGUUCCCUUGGCUCAUGAGUAAUGCUAGACUGCACUCUACAGGGAAGAGACUAGCUGAUGGUCUGGAGAAACUCGUUAUCCCCUGGAGAGGAAGAAAGAUUGGUUUACUGGGUCUGAUAGAAUGGGAGUGGAUUGAGACUCUGGCUACACUGGAGCCACAAGAUGUUGACUACACUGACUUUGUGGAAACAGCCAAGAAACUUGUGCCUGAGCUACAACAAGAGGGAUGUGAUCUGAUAAUUGCCCUGACUCAUAUGCGUGACCCCAAUGACCUUCGUCUAGCCAGAGAGGUGCCCCAAAUCCAUCUCAUCUUGGGAGGACACGACCACCACUAUCUCAAGCAGUGGGAGGGAGAUGUUUUGAUGCUCAAGAGUGGCUCUGAUUUCAGAGAAUUUUCAGAACUCACUGUCUCUUUCCCUGACACGCCCACUUCUCGUCCUAAAGUUUCUGUAAAACGUCACGAUAUAACCAGUGUAAUAGCCCCUGAUGAAGAUGUUUUGAAAAUUGUGGACCACUUUCAGGGAAGACUAAAGGCAGGACGGGAAGAAGAGAUUGGCUAUAUACACUGCGAUCUAGAGGGGCGCUUUGACUGUCUUAGGACGCAAGAGUGCAACCUUGGUAACCUGGUUACGGACAUUAUGAGGAAAGUCACACGUGCUGAUGUGGCACUUUUGAACUCUGGUACAUUGAGGUCGGACACUGUCCAUGAUGCUGGAGUAUUCAGAAGAGGAGAUCUGAUGAGUAUUCUCCCCAUGGUGGAUGCUGUCUCAGUACUCGAGGUAAAGGGUUCGCAGCUAAUACAAGCACUUGAAAAUGGAGUCUCGCAAUAUCCCAAAAAGGAAGGACGAUUUCCACAAGUGUCUGGAAUUCAAUUUUCGUUUGAUGAAUCACAACCUAGUGGGUCUCGAGUGGUCCCUGACAGUGUACUAGUCCGUGGUGAACAAUUGCAAUUGAACAAAAGUUACAAGUUGGCUGCUAAGGGAUACAUAGCCCAGGGUCGAGAUGGUUACGAUGUGUUCAAAGAGUGCAAGGUGCUUGUGAGUGAGGAGGAGGGCCCGAUACUAAGUGUGAUCGUUCAGAAUUAUUUCCAGGCAUGUGCUGGCGGAGAAGAUUGUGUGGACACCAACACAAGCUCAAUAUAUCUUACAGAGAAUGGGGACAGAAGAAUUGCACCUCAAGUGGAAGGAAGAAUUAAAGUCAUUCAUUAACAGUUAACUAUUAUUAUCCUUAGUGCAUGUAGCAUUCUCGAGCUCACAAUUCAAUUUUUUAUCUCCAUCCACUAUAUAGUACCUUAUGUGCUCAUGCUGUGUGUGCCUUGGUCUCUAAUAUUCUCUCUGAAAUAACAUGUUCACUGAAUUGUUGAAUAAA